AUGGAAAACGGAGGGGCAGGCACUCUGCAGAUAAGGCAAGUCCUGCUUUUCUUUGUUUUGCUGGGAAUGUCUCAGGCGGUCUCUGAAACUGGGAGUUUUUUGGUGAUGGAGGAAUUGCAGAGUGGCAGCUUUGUAGGAAAUUUGGCAAAGACCCUGGGACUGGAGGUGAGUGAGCUGUCUUCGCGGGGGGCUCAGGUGGUUUCUAAUGAUAACAAAGAGUGUUUGCAGCUGGACACAAACACUGGAGAUUUGCUCCUGAGCGAAAUGCUAGACAGGGAGGAGCUCUGUGGCUCCAAUGAGCCUUGUGUGCUGUAUUUCCAAGUGUUAAUGAAAAACCCCACGCAGUUUUUACAAAUUGAACUCCAGGUCAGGGAUAUAAAUGAUCACUCUCCCGUCUUCUUGGAAAAAGAAAUGCUCUUAGAAAUCCCAGAGAACAGUCCUCUUGGUGCUGUGUUCUUGCUUGAAAGUGCGAAGGAUUUAGAUGUAGGAAUCAAUGCUGUAAAAAGCUACACAAUAAAUCCGAACUCUCAUUUCCACAUUAAAAUAAGAGUCAAUCCAGAUAAUAGGAAAUACCCUGAGUUAGUUCUGGACAAGGCGCUGGAUUAUGAAGAGCGCAGGGAGCUCAGUUUCAUCCUCACUGCUCUGGAUGGCGGGUCCCCUCCCAGGUCCGGAACUGCCUUGGUCAGGGUGGUGGUUGUAGAUAUUAAUGACAACUCCCCUGAGUUUGAGCAGGCUUUUUAUGAGGUGAAGAUUCCGGAGAAUAGCACCCUUGGCUCGCUGGUUGUGACAGUCUUGGCUUGGGAUUUAGACUCUGGAACAAACAGUGAAUUAUCCUAUACCUUUUCCCAUGCCUCAGAAGAUAUUCGCAAGACAUUUGAAAUUAAUCAAAAGUCUGGAGACAUUACUUUAACAGCACCUUUGGAUUUUGAAACGAUUGAGUCAUACUCAAUAAUCAUUCAAGCCACAGAUGGGGGAGGACUUUUUGGAAAAUCUACAGUCAGAAUUCAGGUGAUGGAUGUAAAUGACAAUGCUCCUGAAAUCACUGUGUCAUCAAUUACCAGUCCAAUCCCAGAAAGCACACCAGAGACCGUGGUUAUGGUUUUCAGGAUACGAGACAGAGACUCUGGGGACAACGGAAAGAUAGUUUGUUCUGUCCCGGAAGACAUCCCAUUCGUGCUAAAAUCUUCUGUAAAUAAUUACUACACUUUGGAAACAGAGAGACCACUGGACAGAGAGAGCAGAGCCGAGUACAACAUUACCAUCACCGUCACCGACUUGGGGACACCCAGGCUGAAAACCGAGCACAACAUAACCGUGCUGGUCUCCGACGUCAAUGACAACGCCCCCGCCUUCACCCAAACCUCCUACACCCUGUUCGUCCGCGAGAACAACAGCCCCGCCCUGCACAUCGGCAGCGUCAGCGCCACAGACAGAGACUCAGGCACCAAUGCCCAGGUCACCUACUCGCUGCUACCGCCCCAGGACCCUCACCUGCCCCUCGCCUCCCUGGUUUCCAUCAACAUAGACAAUGGCCACCUGUUCGCCCUCCAGUCCCUGGACUACGAGGCCCUGCAGGCGUUCGAGUUCCGCGUGGGCGCCACAGACCGCGGCUCCCCCGCGCUGAGCAGCGAGGCACUGGUGCGCGUGCUGGUGCUGGAUGCCAACGACAACUCGCCUUUCGUGCUGUACCCGCUGCAGAACGGCUCCGCGCCCUGUACAGAGCUGGUGCCCCGGGCGGCCGAGCCAGGCUAUCUGGUGACCAAGGUGGUAGCGGUGGACGGCGACUCGGGCCAGAAUUCCUGGCUGUCGUACCAGCUGCUCAAGGCCACGGAGCCCGGGCUGUUUGGAGUGUGGGCGCACAAUGGCGAGGUGCGCACCGCCAGGCUGCUGAGCGAGCGCGACGCGGCCAAACACAGGCUGGUGGUGCUGGUCAAGGACAAUGGCGAGCCUCCGCGCUCGGCCACCGCCACGCUACACGUGCUCCUGGUGGACGGCUUCUCCCAGCCCUACCUGCCUCUCCCAGAGACGGCCCCGGCCCAGGCCCAGGCCGACUCGCUCACCGUCUACCUGGUGGUGUCAUUGGCCUCGGUGUCGUCGCUGUUCCUCUUGUCGGUGUUCCUGUUCGUGGCGGUGCGGCUGUGUAGGAGGAGCAGGGCAGCCUCUGUGGGUCGCUGCUCGGUGCCCGAGGGCCCCUUUCCAGGGCAUCUGGUGGACGUGAGCGGCACCGGGACCCUGUCCCAGAGCUACCAGUAUGAGGUGUGUGUGACUGGAGGCUCCGGGACAAAUGAGUUCAAAUUUCUGAAACCAAUUAUCCCCAACUUCCUACCCCACAGCACACGUAGGGAAGUUGAAGAAAACCCCCCAUUUCAGAAUAAUUUGGUUUUCUGA